AUGGUGCUUGUAACCUUAAGGGUGGAUUGCAAACAUGCACCCCUUGAGGGAAUAAUGGAAACGGUUCUAGAUAAUUCUGACAUGAAUAGGAUGGUUCACAUAGUUUCACGAAGGAUAGAAAUAGAAUGCAAUGGAGGACAUCAGAUUGCAUUGCAGCAGUUGACUCAGACUUCACUUUUCACGAGCCUCAUGCGCCGCCCCAACAGGGGCGGUGAUUUUCCGGAACGAACGCGUCAAUCUCCUCCUCCUAAUCCUUUGCCUCAUCCACACCAAAUAUGA